ACAACUAAACAUGGCAAAAAGAUGUUGUUGUUAAUCCUACAUUAUUAGUAUAUUUUAAUUGUUUUUAACACCACUGUAACGCAAUUACUCCAUGAUUCUUGGUAAUACGUCGCGUAGUUAAGCAUUGUUACUACAAGUUACAAAAUGACGUUCCUUCAGUGGCGAAGAUUCAACUUUUUUGAUAAGGAACUUGUCAAGGUGUCUGAUACUGAACAGCAGUUUGAUCAGCUCAAGGACUAUGAUAUAUCGUGUUGCUCUAGUGGCCGCGGACAAAUUAUAAUUGGUGACUUCAGUGGUAGCAUCCAUUUUGUGGACAGACAGUUCCAUGUACACACACUAAAGGCAUUUGAACUUAGAACUACACAUCUUUAUCAACUGAAACAACAUAAUAUUCUUGUUUCGAUAGGGGAGGAUGAAGUUGGAAUCAACCCUCUGGUUAAGGUUUGGAACAUGGAUAAGAUGGACAGGGCCGGUAACCCCAUGUGCACCCGGAUAGUCCGGGCGAUCCCAGGAAAUAAACCGACGCCUGUUUCCUGUCUCGCCGUGCAUGAGAAUCUAAAUUUCAUGGUAGUGGGCUUCGCAGAUGGAAGCGUCGUGCUCUUUAAGGGCGAUGUGACACGGGAAAGACAUAGUAAGCACAGGAUUCUGCACCAAUCUCCUCAUCCAGUCACUGGCAUGGCAUUUAGACAGCUGGGCAAAAACAUCAUCCUAUACAUUGCUACCAUGGACACUGUGCUGUCAUUCAAUGUCUCGGUUAAAGACAAGGAGACUAAGCAAUUGCUGGACAACCAUGGCUGCAACCUCAAGUGUUCUGUACUCAGCGAUGGUUCGCAAGAAUAUCAGUUCAUCAUCGGCAGGCCAGAUGCCGUGUAUUUCUACCAGCCGGAGGGGCGUGGCGCUUGCUUGGCAUUUGAGGGUGAGAAGCUACAGAUGUGCUGGUACAGGUCAUACUUGGUCGUUGUCUCCAAGGAGGCAAAAGCCGUUCCUAAGGCUCCAGUGGAUGGCCAGCCACGAGAGAUGAACAUACUCACAAUUUAUGACAUCAAGAAUAAAUUUAUUGCAUACUCGGCACCUUUACCGGCCGUCACUGACGUCGUGUGUGAAUGGGGCUCUCUCUACGUGCUAGCCGGCGAGCAGAAGCUAUAUCAUCUACAAGAGAAAGAUACGCAGACAAAGCUAGACAUGCUGUUCAAGAAGAACCUUUAUGUCCUAGCAAUCAGCUUAGCAAAGAGCCAGCAGUAUGAUGAGCAAGGACUAGUUGACAUCUUCAGGCAGUAUGGAGAUCACCUGUACAGUAAAGGGGAUCACGAGGAAGCGAUCGUGCAAUACAUUAAAACCAUUGGAGUUCUUGAGCCUUCAUAUGUGAUACGAAAAUUCUUGGAUGCUCAGCGGAUACACAACCUUACGCGAUACCUGCAGGCGCUGCACACUCAGGGUCUGGCCACCGAGGAUCACACCACGCUGCUGCUGAACUGCUACACGAAGCUCAAAGACAAGCACAAGCUCGACAAGUUCAUCAUGACAAAAAGCAAAGAAGAAGUAGACUUUGAUGUUAUCACAGCAAUAAAGGUAUGCAGACAAGCUGGCUACCAUGAUCAUGCCCUGUACCUGGCAGAGAAGUUUGAUCAACAUGACUGGUACCUUAAGGUUCAGCUAGAGGACAUUAGAGAUUAUGCUAAAGCGCUGAAGUACAUCGCAAAUCUGGAUUUCUAUGAGGCGGAGGCGAUUAUGAAGGCUCACGGGAAGAUGUUGGUGAAUGAAGCGCCAGACCAGACAACUGAACUGUUAAAGACGCUUUGUACGGACUACCGGCCAGUCAACAUGCCCCUGGUUGAUGAUAACACGUUGGAUGGAUCUGCACCACGCAGUGUUCUGCAAGCCAAGCCAGACGAGUUCAUUCACAUUUUUGUCAACAAUUCUGCAAAGCUUAGAGAGUUUCUCGAACACAUGAUAAAGGUGCAGCCUGGUAGUUCUAGCUUGGUGUACAACACCCUAAUUGAACUCUAUCUGCAUGAUGUCGUGCAUGAGGCCUCCGCGUCGCAGCGCAAAGUAAAGGAAGAGAAAAUCCUUGGAAUGCUUCAGAACCCAGCGGCUGGUUAUGACAUAGACCAAGCACUCGUACUGUGUCAGAUGCACAAUUUCAGACUUGGAGUUCUCUACCUGUAUGAAAAGUCUAAACUGUACCAGCAAAUUCUCAGUCACCACAUGGAACACAAGGAAUACACGAACAUUGUAGAUACAUGCAAAAAGUUUGGGACUGAGGAACCAAACCUGUGGGUGCAGGCACUCUGGUAUUUUGCUAAGACAGAGGAUUGCUACAAGACCUAUCUUACUGAAGUGUUGACUCAGAUUGAUAAGAAGAAUUUGUUACCACCACUAAUGGUGGUCGAAACACUGGGCCAGAAUUCAACUGCUACGCUAGCAGUCAUAAAGGAUUACAUCAUGAAGCGACUAAAAUUGGAAAAUGAUGAAAUAGCUGAGAACGAGAGAUUAAUUAAGCAGUUCAAGGAGGAGACAGUGAAGAUGAGGGGACAGAUAGAGGAGUUGAAAACAAGUGCUCAGAUCUUCCAAGUAUCAAAGUGCAGUGCCUGCAACCACCCGUUGGAGCUACCCUCAGUGCACUUUCUCUGUCAGCACUCGUACCACCAGCACUGCUUUGAGAGCUACGCUGACAACGAGCAGGAGUGUCCAGCUUGCCUGCCUCAAAACAAGAGAGUCCUAGACAGGAUUAAGGAGCAAGAACAAAGCCGAAACCUUCACGACCAAUUCCAUUCACAGCUGCAGAACGCUCAAGAUGGCUUCGCCGUCGUAGCCGACUACUUCAGGCGGGGUGUGUUUAACAACGCCACACUGGUCCCAGACCCCCAGUGCCAGACAAAGCCCCCGUCCGGCUUGUCACGCGCGAGGGACACGUUGGACAGGAAGUAGGAGCGAAAGGGCAGACGUGUAAUCAUGCGCAGAAAUUGCGAAAUCGAUCCAGUUGCCAUUGUCGUCGAAAUCGUAAAGAAUUACGUACGUGUUAAUAAACUCUUGUGUGUAAAAAAUUUAUUUCGAUAAUAAAUAAGAGCAGUACGCAAGACCGGAUGAACUCAUUUUCAAAUACUGUACAUAAUACUGUAUAAAUAUGUGUGGAUGUAUAUGAUUGUAACAUGAGAAAUUGAUUGUUCUCAUGUUGUUACUGCACUUCUACUGUUUGUUGUGCUUAUCAUUAAACUAUUAUAUACUGAUAAUUAGAAAAGGACAUUUCAGAUAUGCCUACAUAUAUAAUUCUGGACGAUGGAGAGAGAUUGUUCAGUUAUAUUAACAUACACAAACGAAUGCCACCAGGGGCAGAGCGUGGGCAACUUUUUCUUCAAUGCAGCCACAGACGUGCGAUGCAAAAAUUAUGCAAAAUAUUUCAUGUCCAAUUUAGCACUUGUGGCGAUUGUCAACAGGGUUGUCCAGCCUUGCUGUAGAAUGUAGAUGGUGGAAUGCUCUUGGGUUGUUGUGGAAGGUCAAAGCUUCCGUAGGUUGCUUUAUGUCCGUACUACUUUGCUGUCACGUUGUUCUAUCUCCUGUAUUAAAGAUCAAAGAUGUGCUGUGAUAAAA